AUGCCAUUCACCAUCUCCCCUAAAGCGAUUCUCAGGAGAAGCUGUCCAAUCCAUGGGUGCCAUUGCGCUGCCAGUCAUAGUUGGCCAAGGCACCCACAUAGUUACCCCGAUGACAGAUUUCCUAGUGGUCAAAGCUCCGUUAUCUUACAAUGCCAUAUUGGGGAGACCAACCCUGAACCACUUAAAGGUAGUACCUCUACCUACCACUUGAAGAUGAAAUUCCUGACAGAAACAGGUGUCGGCGAGGUUCGUGGAGAGCAAAUCCUGACUCGGGAAUGUAAUGUUCAGGAGCUAAAGGUGGGGGAGCCUAGCGUGAAUGUUACGGACAGUCUGGACAAAAGGCCGCCACCCCCGAACGUAGAAAGAUCUACAUCGUUGGCGAGGCAGAUCAAAAGUGCUACUAUAGAGUCACGCUUACUUUCAAAACCACCAAUAAUGAAGCCGAAUGCGCUUAGUUGGAAGUCUUAUUCGGUUGAUGAGGCUGAGUCACCAGGGUUAGACUCUCUUCUUUUUGGUAUGAGGAGACCUCUUGCAGAGAGUUCGCAGCAGGAAGAGAUGUUGACUUCAAUACAUGAUAUCCGGGUUCUUGAUUUUGAGGAGUUAAAGACUCUACAGGAUAAUGACUCCAAGCUGGUGAUUCCUACACAUUCAGAAUUUAAAGAAAGAAUCUUGACUGAGGCCCAUGCAGCUCCUUAUUCAGUUCAUCAUGGAAGUACAAAGGUUAAAGCUGAGCAUCAGAGGCCUGCUGGCUAUCUUCAACCACUCCCUAUUCCCGAGUGGAAAUGGGACGACAUCGCAAUGGACUUUGUAAUAGGACUACCAAGAACGCCUAGUGGGAAGAAUUCAAUUUGGGAAAUUGUAUGUCUUAAUGGAAUACCCAAGAGUAUAGUGUCAGAUAGGGACCCACGAUUCACGUCUCACUUCAAGAAGAAUUUGCAGACAGCUUUGGGCACUAAGUUGAAAUUUAGCAGUGAUUAUCAUCCUCAAACUGACGGCCAAUCAGAACGCACUAUUCAGACCCUUGAGGAUAUGUUGCGAGCUUGGGUUUUGGAUUUUAAAGGAAGUUGGAAAAAUCAUCUGUCGCUUAUAGAGUUUGCUUAUAAUAACAGUUUUCAAGCGACUAUUCAAAUGGCCCUUUAUGAAGCUCUUUAUGGGAGGAAGUGCAGAUCUCCUUUAUUUUGGGAUGAAGUUGGCGAAGGGAAUCUACUUGGACUAGAAAUUGUUCAGGAAAUGAGGAAUCAGGUUCAAGUUAUAAGAGACAAAAUGACAGCUGCUUAG